UAGAUUUUGAGCCCUUCGAUUUUUUUUAAAAAGAGCACUGGCCCAACUUCAUUUCAUAAUUUCCUUCAUAUCUAAAAACUUACAGCCGCUCUAUAUAAAUUUCCCCCAAAUCGGAAAUCCUAUUAGGGUUUUAGACCUUUUUCAAGAUUCGAAAGGAAUAAGCUUCAGCGUCCAAAUCGGGAGGAAAUGGUGAAGGGACGCCAAGGAGAGCGUGUCAGACUCUAUGUAAGAAGAACCAUCUUGGGUUACAAAAGGGAGAUCGAGUCAGAGUCUUCAUGUACCCUAGCAAUAUCUUACACGUGGAAUUAAAAUCCCUGCGUAUGGAUUCCCUUCGAAACCUCAUCUUCUUCUGCUCUAGAAACUUUAAUAUCGAAUUCCCUUUUUUGAAAGAGUUAAUGAUUGAGGAUUGCCCGAAAUUAAAAGAAUUCAUUAGUAAAAGCAGUACUGAGUCCGGCAUGCAUACUCUCUUCAAUGAGAAGGUUGCUGUUCCUAGCUUGGAAACGAUGACAAUUUCCAUGUUGAGUAAUGUGAAGAUGAUAUUUCAUACUGACCUAUCACCAAAUUCUUUUCAAAGUCUACGAAAAUUAAGUGUUUCAAGGUGUGAGAUUUUGAAAAAUCUAUUUCCAGCGUCAAUAGCUAAACAUCUUUUACAACUUGAAGAUUUAAGCAUAAGUGAUUGUGGGGUGGAGGAGAUUGUAUCGAAAGGGAAAGGAGUAGAGGAUCGACCUAUGAGGUUUGAGCUUCCCAAAGUGUCUUCACUUGAGGUUACAUCCCUAAAAGAGCUCAAAUGUUUCUAUAAAGGGCAACAUACAAUGGUGUGGCCAAUGUUGAAAAAAUUGACCACAGAUGGUUCUGGUUUGCUAAUGAUAAUGGGUUUAGAAGAUGUUAGAAUGGAAGAAAGAAAGGGAAAUGGGGAGGCAGUUUUGGUGGUGGAAGAGUGGAAUUGCUGUAUCAAUGGUAAUGAAAUAUGCAGACAAUAUUGUGAAGGUCUAUUCUACUUCAGUGGCAAUGCUUCUCACUGCCGUUGUUUCAGUGUUUCUGUUCGGCUUCAAUCUUACCCUUGCUUUCUUCCUCGGUGCUACGUGAUCGAGAUUCCAUUUAACAAUUUUCUUUAUUGCUGGAACAAGUCUUAACCAAGAUCAAGGUCAAAGUACUUCACUAAGUUAUAUAUGCAGGUAUUGCAAUGAGAGGUGAUGAUGAUUAGGCAUUAUAUUCUCACCAGGAUGAAUUUUGUUUUAGAAAUUGUAAUACUUUGUGUGUCUCUGUGUGUGUGUUUUUUAUGUAUUAAAUUUAAUUUCAUUAAUUUCUAUAUUUAGUUUUGAAGUUUAAAUUUUAAUGGAAAAUUUAAUUUAAUUAA